AUGGAUUCGAAUAACAGUAACAACCUCACUCCUGAUUAUAUUGAAUUAGCCACCGGUGGAUCUUACAUGCAACACCAACGCCCUCUAAAUCCAAUUACCACUUCCUUAUCAACCCCUCCAAUCAUUACCACUGCUUACAAUGGAACCAAUGGUAAUGGUGCUGGUGGUGCCAUCACUCCCCCUCCCGAUUCAAGUCGUUCCUCCGGUGCUCAACCUUUGCGAAUCGCUCCCGCUCAAUAUUCAAACAUAAUUCCAACUAAUUAUGUAAAUAUAUCCAAUAAUUUGGCUGGUUUACCCGGAUUUCAACUCCAAAAUAUUGCUGCUCAAUGUUGUUUGCCAAAUCAACAAUAUUUUACUAAUGAUACCAGUAACCAAAAUAAAAUCGUUUCGGUCUCUAAACAGAAUAUUCAACCUAAUGCUCCUUGUGAUGCAAAUAGCUCUGCUCGUCCUCCAUCGUUACAACAACAAGAACGACCAGAAUCAAUCGUAUUUUUGUAUCAAAUCCCAAAUGAUUCAAAAAUUUAUCUUGUUAAAUGUGUUGAGGUUUCUCAACUUUUGGACACUGAUUAUCAUUCAUUGGAAGGAAUUUUGCACAAUAGAUCUCAACAGCAGCAACAAGUACAACAAAAUUUAAAAAAUCAUUUACAACAACAUUUACAAACCCGUUUACAACCACCACCUUCCCAACAACCUCUCCUUUAUCAACAACAACAAAUUACCCUUCAACAAAACCAAAUUAGACACCAUCCUUAUCAACAACGUCAAUCUCCUAAAGAAUCCGUUCAUAAUACUAUUGGUGGAAAAAAUGUUAAAACCCCUGCUUCAAAUAAUUUUCAGGCAAACAUUAAUAAUCAAGAAAUAUCCCAAUUUAGUGUUGAUAUGAACAACGCUGGAAAUUUUGAUAUGAUGAUCCCAAUGUCUGCUACGCCUGGUGCCCCUUACAUGGUUACACCAUCAGCCACCCCAACCAUGAGGAAUGAUCAUCUUGGAAAUAAUAUGGAAUAUUGUGUAAGCUUGUUGGCACAACAACAACAAAUGCUCACUGCUUCUACUAUUUCAACGCAACAGCAACAAGUUUUUGAUACUCAAUAUAAAAAAUAA